UUGUUAUCCUUCUCGUUUCUUGGCGCUAGCAUCUUUCAGUUCUUCAACUCAAGAGUCACAAGCUUAUCGGAACACCGUAAUGGAGGUUGUUCCAUCGGUUUAUGGAAACGGGUUUCCACCCAUUUUCUGUCUCACCUCAGCCCGUACCAUCAAGAACUAUCCCCCAGCCACCGCCAUAUCCCCUGUUGCCACUGCUGCUAAUCCUACCAGUACUACUACACACAGUGAAAUUCAAAAUGGACCCAUAUACGCGACUGGACGAUCUGGGAAGAGCCUUUCAGUCUCGUCUACAAUAAGACAAUCUGCAAUGCUCGACAUUCAACAGUCCACCGACUUGACCUCUGCUCUUUCGAGAUCAGGAGAGGCGUUGAAAGCACAAGACUUUAAUGUGAUUUUGCGCCAUUUUGGGAAGUUAAAUAGAUGGAAGGAUAUUUCUCAGCUUUUUGAUUGGAUGCAACACUAUGGGAAAACAAAUAUUGCUUCUUACAGCAGUUAUAUGAAGUUCAUGGGGAGGCGUCUCAAUCCAUUAAAGGUCCUAGAAAUAUACAAUAGCAUCAAAGACAAGUCAAUAAGGAACAGUGUCUCCAUCUGUAAUUCCGUUCUGAAUUGCCUGGUAAAAAGUGGCAAGUUCGAUAGCAGCCUCAAACUAUUUAGUCAAAUGAAGCAAGAUGGUCUAAUGCCUGAUAUUGUAACCUAUAGUACGCUACUUGUGGGUUGUGCGAAAGUGAAAGACGGCUAUACAAAGGCAUUGGAGCUGGUUCAGGAAAUUAAGUCUAGUGGGUUGCAUUUGGAUAGCAUAACAUACGGGACACUUAUAUCCGUCUGUGCGUCAAAUAAUCGGUGUGAGGAAGCGGAAAACUACUUUGAGCAGAUUAAGAGCGAAGGUCAUGCUCCCAAUGUUUUUCACUACAGCUCUUUGCUUAAUGCGUAUGCAAUUGAUGGCAAUUAUAGAAAAGCUGAUGAGUUAAUUCGAGAGAUGAAAUCUGCAGGGGUGGAGUUGAAUAAGGUUUGUUUUCUUGUCCUCUUACCAACGAGUCUAAUGAUGUAAAUUAUAUUGUUUCUU